GGGAGGUUGUGAUGGGUUGACAGGUGCGUGACAAUCGGAGCUCUCUGCAAGCAUGUACGCCAAAGGCAAGAGUAGCAACGUGCCGUCCGACAGCCAAGCCAGAGAAAAGUUAGCUCUGUAUGUGUACGAGUACCUGCUGCAUGUAGGAGCACAGAAGUCAGCACAGACCUUUCUCUCAGAGAUCCGAUGGGAGAAGAACAUCACAUUAGGAGAACCUCCGGGGUUCCUCCACUCGUGGUGGUGCGUUUUCUGGGACCUGUACUGUGCAGCUCCAGAGAGAAGAGACACAUGCGAACACUCCAGCGAGGCCAAGGCCUUCCAUGACUAUAGUGCUGCAGCAGCUCCCAGCCCUGUCCUUGGGAACCUUCCCCCAGGAGAUGGCAUGCCGGUGGGGCCAGUCCCUCCAGGAUUCUUUCAGCCAUUUAUGUCACCUCGAUACCCCGGAGGACCCAGACCACCUCUCAGAUUACCGAAUCAGGGACUUGGAGGAGUCCCAGGUAGCCAGCCUAUGUUACCCAGUGGAAUGGAUCCCACAAGACAGCAAGGACAUCCAAAUAUGGGGGGACCAAUGCAGCGGAUGACUCCACCCAGAGGCAUGGUACCUCUAGGGCCCCAGAACUAUGGAGGUGGGAUGAGACCGCCACUGAAUGCCCUGGUGGGUCCUGGGAUGCCUGGCAUGAACAUGGGACCGGGUGGGGGUAGACCCUGGCCAAAUCCUCCAAACUCCAAUUCGACCCCGUACUCCUCUGCGUCUCCAGGAAGUUAUGUGGGACCUCCAGGAGGAGGGGGGCCACCUGGGACGCCAAUAAUGCCAAGUCCAGCAGAUUCAACCAACUCUGGCGACAACAUGUACACUAUGAUAAACACAGUCCCUCCAGGUGGAAGCCGACCAAAUUUCCCUAUGGGUGCAGGGGGAGACGGUCCAUUAGGGGGAAUGGCUGGAAUGGAGCCCCAUCACAUGAAUGGAUCAUUAGGGUCAGGUGAUAUGGACAGUCUCCCCAAGAACUCUCCUGGCAACCUAAGUAUGAGUAACCAGCCCGGGACCCCGAGGGAGGAUGGAGAGAUGGGAGGAAACUUCCUCAACCCUUUUCAGAAUGAAAGUUAUUCUCCAAACAUGACGAUGAGCGUGUGAAGGCUCCGGAAGCUCGUUCGCUCGUUCGCUCAGUAAGAUGGUGUGGACCGGUGAAAAGCAGAGGGACAGGAUGUGAUGUCAUCUAGGCCAGUGACUCCACCACCACCUGCCUAGUCAGGACAGUUGCCCCAGGCUCCGUCCUUCUACUACUACCCCGACCCCCACCCUUCCAUUGUUCCUGUCCACGUCUUUUCUCUCCUGUUUCCUCUCCCGUUCUAAGUGGUGACUCUGCUACAUUCAUCAGUUCUUCCUCUGCAUCUAUGAGACUGUACAAAGGAACCAAAUUGAAACAACCUGGAGGAGAACUCUUUGUAUAUUUGCAUACAGUGUGUAUGAGACUGUGCACACACUCCAGUCAUGGACAGAUGUCUCUGCCUUUUGCAUCUUAUCACGCCCAAAAAGUUCAUGCCCAAAAACAAAAGGCCAGAAUCCCAUUUAUCUUAAAUUUCCAAGGAUUUGAACACAUAUAGGCUCUUUUUUUGCUUGAUGAUGAAAUUUAAUCUAACUGGUUGUCAUGUGAAACAUCUUUUGUCUUCUCUUGGUGAAUUACUUUUGUCCAUUACUGGAAGAGAAUUGGAGAGACAUCAGAGACGUCUCACCAAGCCUCAAGCUUGUGCGGAUAUUUGUUGUCUCAAAAUUUAAAGUCUUUUUAAAUUUUAUGGACCAUUAACAUUGUGUUUUAUGUUUUAUACUAUGGGUCUGAGAAGUCGUUUUGGUAAUAUUCAUCCCCAAACUCAGCUGCAAAUGUGGAAAAUGUGAGAUCUUUUCCUUCUGUCUCACCUGCAUCACAAGGCCCACUUCAAAUGAAGUGCAGAUCAAAGUCAGCUCUUUGUUCAGACUUUAAUCAGGAUUUUCAGCGCAGUUGAAAUAGUUGCCUGCAUUUUGAAUUUGAAGUCACACUGAUAGAGAAAAAGAGCUGUGUUCGCUAAAAGCCAGACUACAUAACUUUUGUUGAAGUGUUGAAGUGGCAAUUACAGGAUGAUAGCAUAUGCUAAAACAAGUUAAUAAUAAUAAUAUCCAGCUAGAGUUUGCUUACCUUAGCUGAUAUUUAGCAAGAAAAAGCUACCAGUCACACCAGACCAAGAGUUAUUUCUUCUUCCAAAACUUACGUAGUCUCGCUUUAAAUCAUGUCGGAUCAGUCAGCACGCUAACUGUAACUUAACAGGAGAGAGCAGCAAGGAUAGCACUGAGGAAAAGGUUUACACUGAGGUUGAUACCAAAUAGUCCAAACUGAAAGUUUUUUUAUAUAUAUAAAUAAGUGAUGCAUUUUUCAGUGAUAAACCUUUGUUGCGAGUCAAACUGUAAGGCUCCCCCGCAUAAAUGGUAUACCGAGUUUACGUGUAAAGGAUUUUAAAUUCUGUUGAUUGCACAAGCACAGGACAAAGUCUAAUUGAUUUUUUUUUAAUUUGUUUUUCAUGUGACCAUGUUAGCAAAUAGUCAUCCUACAUGUACGCGUAUGAUUUUCUGAUCUUGUUUGCUGAGGCCUCUCUCAAAUCUAGCUGUUACCAGCUGCACCAGUUAAUGCCCUGGGGCCAUGAUGAUCCACAUUCUCUGGAUGUCAAAAUGAGAAAGAGAAAUUAAAGACAGUUGACCAGUAUGGAUGGUAAACUGCAAGACACAAGCUUUUAAGUCACUUUGGUCACUCAUGCUUCAUCGUCAUCCGGAUAAACUGUGAUCUUAGUGUGAUGUGAAAGGCUGGUUGGUACAAAAAGCUAAAAUAAGCUUGUUUUUGAACUUUUUUCACUGCCCAAGAUAUCGUCAUGUACAAAAGGUCAACACGCCUGUGAACAUUCCCCUUUCCCUUCCCUUACUGCAAAGUGUACAGCUCACAAAUGUAGCUCCUCUGUCUUGUAUGUGUAUUUGAUAUUAUUAUUAUUAUUUAAAGAAAAAUCUGCAGAGAAUUAUUGCAAAAGGGAGGAAUGGACUGAUGAUGCACCAUCACAACUGAACAGAGAUAUUUAAUUUUGUUUUUGUGUUAGAUUGAAGCCAUAAGUGGGAGUACAAGAAGAUGCAUUUGUAAAUUGGAUCAUGUUUUCUGUUUUGUGGCAGUAUGUGGGACUCCAUUUGUGAUGUGUUAAUUUUCUCUUUUUUAUUCUUGUAUUAUGUUUUUGUAAAUACACAGAGAAGUAUUUCAUGGGUUUUGAAUAUGCUAGUAUAAAGCUUCUCUUCCCUUAGCCGAAGUGUGAGCUCUCUUCAUUGGUCAGAACUGUAUUUCUGUGAACAUGAGCAAAAUCCUUUAAGGGUGUAUUUGAAUGUCUUGGUCGGCAAUUUAAUGUGAUCACAGGUUAAAUGCUGUGGCUCAAUUUGCUCCCUGCAUUGUACAGCACAACAGUGUCUCCAAUGUGACAACAUUUAAGAACAAAGACCAACUGUGAUCAUGCCAAAACCAUUUUUUUCAACUGAGCUCCAGAAUUACUGGCACUGUCAUGGCUGCCCACCCACUUUGUGACAGAACUUUUUGAGCAGUGUUUAAGAGAGGCGGGCUUGUGACCAUAAGGUUACCGUGGUAAGCCCAGGACUUGCCAGAUAAAUGUGGGUAGGUAAAGUGAAAGCGGUCCAGGUUCAUCCUGCAACUGUCUGAUCAGUCUGGUUGGGG